CGUUCUACUGAUAUUCCUCAUCAAAACCCGACCAUUCACGUGUUACCUGCUGUCUAUUUACGCGAUGUUAAAAAAUCGAGUUAGACUGCUGACACACUUGAUACUCAUUACCACUCUAGGCAGAGAGAAUCUUUGGACGAUUGCGGUUGGAGGCCCGUCUCUCGAGCCUGCGACCAUCCAAGGAUACCAGAGGAAGAGCAUCUGUGCUGCAGAGAAGAAAGGGAAAGAAAUUUUCACAGAAGAAAUUCCCAGCCAAACCGAACCAAGCCUUGCAGCUUCCAUCACUGGUGCGCCAUCCACAUCAUCACCUGGUAACGAAUCUACGGCGAUUAACGUUGAGGAAAAAGACGGAAAGCAGCGCGACUUGGGAGCUGAUCAAGACACAGAAGUUGAAAAAUUAAAAACGUGA